CAACAACAACAACAACAACAACAACAACAACAACAACAACAACCACAAGAAAAAUCAGUUCAUUUUAUUAUUUUGAAAGUAAAGCACAAAUCAAGUUCUUUUCUCUUUUCUUUUUUUUCUGUUUCUUUGUUUUUGAAUCUUGUUUGUUUUGUUUUUGUUGUUUAUUUUUUGUUCUUGUUGGUGAACUAUAUUGAUAUUUUCACUAUAAAAAGAAGAAAAAAACAGAAAAUUAAUUAUAAGAGAACACAGUGAUAUAAACAGAAAGAAAGAAAGAAAGAAAGAAAGAAAGAAAAAAGAAAGAAUAAUGUUUCAUCGAAAAUCUACAAUUAUUAUAACAAACCAAUAUAUUUUAAUCAUUGGAAUUGUUUUAAUGGUUAACGAUCAAAUUAAUGGGUUAGCAUUACAUAAUGAUGGAUUACUUUUGAAAGAUUUAAAGUUUACAAGACCAUGCCCGGAGAAAAAUUAUCAAUUUCAUAAUGCUACUGGAAAUUUUAUGUGCGUUGUACCAACAGCUAAAAAAUGUUUUGAAUUAUGUCAAGAAUUAGGUUGUAAUGAAUGGUAUUUUAUGAGUUUUGUACCAUCUGGUAGUGAAGAAAUUAAAAAAUAUCAUCGUUGUCGAUGUUUCCCGGAAUAUCAUAUGUGUUUUUAUAAUUCAGUACCAAGACGAUAUCGUGAUUUUGAAUAAUUCUCAUUUGUUUUAUUAUAUAAUCAUUUUGUUUCUGUGUGUCUGUGCUUGUAUGUGUCUGUAUGUGUGUAUGUGUGUGUGUGUGUUUGUGUGUGUGUAUUUGUAUCUGUGUUAAUUGGAAAAAUAGAACUUGAAAGCAUUUAUCAGUUAAACUAAUUAAUGAAUAAAUAAAUAAUGAUACUACUAAUAAAGAAAUCUUUAAUCCCUUUCAUUUUAACUGUGAUGUAACUGAUAUAAAAACUUUCAUGUAUGUUACAAUCAAUUCAUCAUUUCAUUCCAAUGAAUUAUUAUUGUGAGAUAUCAGUUUAACUGAACUCGCUUCUAUAUAUAAAUCUAUGAAGAUCAAAAUAUAACUAUUCAAGUUAUAAACUCUUUUUCUAUUUCAUUAUCUAUUCUUGUUGUUUAUUGUGUUGUGUAUUGUUUUCUUUUAUGUUUUAUGUGUUUUCUAU